GUUUGAUGUCACCUCAUGGGCCCGCUUUUAUCAUCUCGCGCUGGCAUUGGUUUGUUGGCCACCUCAUUUGCGCAGUGCUUUUUCGGAUUCACUUUUGCAACCACCACGGCUUGGAAUUUCUGGACGUGACGUGCCAUUGCACACGGGGCACUGCCUUUCAUAACCUCCCCGGGGACACACUUUUACCACCAUGUCUUCAACGUCGCAUCUUCUCCAUCUCCCUGCCGAGUUGCUUGUUAUGAUUUCGUCCCUUUUGCCCAAUCGCGACAUUAAAAGUCUGCGUUUGACGUGCCGCUUUCUCGUGUCUGCCAUCAAUCUACGCCUGACCCGCGUUUUCUUGUCGGCCAGUCGCCGCAACGUCGACGUGUUCCGAGCGAUUGCCCAGCAUGACACAUUUCGCAAGCAGAUCGUUGAGAUCAUCUGGGAUGAUGCGCGCCUCGUCGCGCGCGAGGCAGAGAGGGAAGCCGACUACCAUCCGUACGAGCGUUGGACCAUAGAUGAAAUUGUAGAGCUCCACGGCGACCAAUCUCGAGGCGACUGUCCGCGGUGGUUUUGGGAGGCUUACGAGGCAAAUCUCACAACGCUCGAGUCUCGACGGGGCUACGAUGUGGACCGGCCCGAUCAUGUCGCCCGCGACCAGGUCGCCGCAAAACGGCCGUCCCUGGAAGAGUCUUGGGCGCAUUAUCAGGUCCUGCUACGUCAGCAGGAUGAAGUGAUUCAUUCCGGUGCUGAUGCGGAAGCCUUUCGAUACGGCCUGGAGAGAUUUACCUCGCUGAAACGAGUCACCGUCACGCCGUUUGCUCAUGGCUUUUGGCUCACACCUUUGUACGAGACACCGAUGAUCCGUGCUUUCCCGCGGGGCUUCAACUACCCCAUCCCCCGGACGUGGCCGGUCAACGAUAAGGCCGAGAGACCUGUGGCGCAUCGGUGGAAUGAGAUGAGCGAGGACGAAAAGGACCGUUGGCGCGGCUUUCGUAUUGUCACUCGUGAGCUAGCAAAGGCCGAACGUUGCGGCGUUUCGGAAUUGUUCAUCGAUGUCAACCACCUCCUGUCAGGCAUCAACUGCACCAUCUUCUCCGAGCCAUCUGCCGAGUACGAUAAUCUCUUGAAUCUCCUUCGACGCCAAGGGUUUCGCCGCCUCGAUCUUGCUCUCACGGUCGGUGAUCAGGGAUACGAGGAGGAAUGGAGCGCUUUCCGGAGUGGAUAUCUCCGGCGCGCACUUUCUGAGACCUCCGAUCUGGAGCACAUCAGCCUGAGGACAGAUGAAGAUGAGCAAGACCCUGAUUGGAGCCAGGACCCUGUUCGGCAUUUCGUUCCUUUAAACACCAUCCUCCCAGUCGACAAUUGGCCAUUUCUCCGACACUUUGGGCUCUCACAGUUUCUCGUGCGGCAGGGGGAUUUAAUCUCAUUACUGGCCAGAUUGCCCACCACACUUCGGUCGGUAGAACUGAGUCACCUCGUUUUCCUACAAGGCAACUACCGCGAUUUCCUCGGGGAGAUGCGAGAUUCUUUGAAUUGGCGAACCCGUGCUAGGAGUAAAAGGCCGAAAAUCAGGUUGGCGAUCCCCAUACGACAGAGCAGUGAGUUGAGCAUAUGGGUGGAUAAGGAGGUGGACGAGUUUCUUUAUGCCGACGGCAUGAACCCCUUUCAGACGACAGAUGGACACACGGUGCCUUACGGGGUAGGUGUGGUGAGAGAUGUUUUCAACCCGAAUCAUGAACGGCCAAACUUGAGUCUACCAGGUUUGGCAGAUGCUGGCUAUAUCAAGCACGUCUACUUCAAUGGCCAGCGAAUUGUUUAGCUCAAAGCCAGGCUUGGUCGCCAUAGAUUGACACAUGUGCUGUUGACUCGUGUCAGCGGCGCAUGGGUACUGUGUUUGUGACCCAUUUCUCCUCGAACAAAAGAUUUGCAGCGGCGGACCUACCACCUGAUCGCCUGCAUUAAGCCGGUCAGCCUAAUGGUACGUUGGGCGAGGGAACGGUCAUUGGCCGGCAGCUCGUCUUUGGCGUUAGACAGGUAUCGUCACGAACUACAACUGCUCUUAUAAGGUCGUCGCAGAGGAUACGUACUACGAUAUUGCGUAGAGUUAGGAUUAACCUCAGUGACCUGUACGUCCGGAACUGAACAGUAGGAGCUUCCUGUGGCGGCUUGUAAACCGACGUGUUCAUUUGCGUUGGGGUCGAG